CGGUUUAACAUUUCUUGCCACAAAAUCUGUCACGGCUUCGUCGUAAGACUUAGGCUGGGCUAAACGCUUGCAUGGGAUUCUUUGCAGUAGUGCAACAAGUUCGCAUAGGGCUAGUGCAAGCCGUGAAACCAGUCUCCGCUGACACUGUCUUUCAGUGCAUGAGCGCGCACCGCACCGAGACAAAUUGAAAUAAUACAUAGACUCGGUCAUUCUCCUCCCGGCAGUACUGGUGAUUGCACAUAGUAGUCAUGAGGGUUUUAGGAGCAAAUAAGGGAUCCCGAAACGCGGCGAAAAUGGAGAACGAAACCGAUCAUGGCAAGCGACGGCACUGUCUUGGAGCUUCAGUGGAUGUGAUGCCUUUUGUGUUUUCUCUUGUGUCCUUCGCCUUUUGCUUUUUACUGAGCGUUCAGACCAGUGAUAUGAAGGACAGAAUCGUGGAUCUGGAGAUUGGAAGUGGCGCGGGGGUCUUAAACCCGUUUCAUGGGAUCUCUAUGGAUCAAUUUAAUGCAAAGAUCCAGGAGCGAGUGGACGAGCUGCUGUCACAGCGUUCUUAUGAACACUUGGUUAGAAUAAGGACUGCCCGUCAAGUCUCACCACCUGAAUGCAACUGUCCACCAGGUCCACCAGGCAAAAGGGGAAGAAGAGGACGCAAUGGAGACUCUGACUCACCCUCAUAG